UAUUAAAACUGCAUUGGGGGAAUUGGGUACUUUUGACUGGGGUCCCCAAGAGAUCCAGUACAUUGGUAUUUUUUAAAAAGCACUAAUUAAAGCAGAAACAGAAAACAAUUAUAUGACGUCAUUAGGAACAAACUGAUUGACAAAGUCAUGAAAAAUAGGACUAAUAUGACAAAAAGUAGACAUCUGGGGUCUGCGGGUCCCACAGUCAGUAGGUUUAAGGUUAAUCUGCAUUGUAUGCGUCUUUUAUUUUGAAGAAAAGGCAGAGACGGAAGUAACACUGUGAAUUUCCUCUGUCUUGACAGUUGGACACAUUUUUUUGACAAGCGGAAAUGAGGAGUCACCACUUUUUUUCCGCGUUAACUUCGUGCCUGAAAGUUUUUUUUUUCCUCUAUUUUUUUUUCUCGCGGAGGAACCGUCGCGUGCACUCACAAUGAGAGAGAAAGCGACCGUCUUUUCCGCGUGCAGCUUCUCCACUCAUGUCCAGUUUCUUUUGCUCCUCGACGAUGUCGUUUUAACUUACUUUAGAUGCUUCUCAACACAUUUCCGUUAUGCGAAGUCCAACCUGUUGGUUUGUCGUCGUCGUGCUGCGGUCGGUGCCCAUCCGAGAUAACGGAGAACGUGAGUAUGUUGUGAAGCUGAACUCCUGUCGGCUUUUAUUACCUUGUUGUCUCAGAGUGCCUUUUAAAACAACACUUAACUCUUCUUAACACAACCACAUGGGAGAUAAUCCCUCAAUGUGGGUAUAGCUUCCGUCCAAAAUUUAAAAAAAAAAAUCGUCGAGAAAUGUGCUCUUGUUCAAUUUAAAGGGCUUUGCCUCUCAUGGUGGCGCUGGCGCAGACUUUUGUAGUCAAAGAGUCAAGUUUUCUUUCUUAAAAAAAAAAGUCCUGUCACAUCAGUAAGCACACGUUUCUGUCUGUGAGCUGCUUGGCCGCUCAUCAAUGAGGAUAAUUGGCACAAAAGAUGUACACCACAUGUCUUUUAGUAGCUUAAAGUGUAUGUUUAUUUACGUCAGUCAGUAUAAUUUGGCGCAAAUCUUUUGGUGGUCGCCAUGGUAAUGACGCAAUAUAGAACCCAACGUACGUCGUAUGUUUAAAAGGCCAAACUUUAACGUCUGUGAGGCGUCCAGGUCCUUGGUUAGCCAAGGAGGGUUGAAUCGAGGACUUCUUGGUUGUAGAUACUUGGAGAUGUUUCGGGGGCUUCUUCAGGUCUAACUGACUGGCGGGGAGUCCCAGCAGUGAUUCUCAGCCGGUCUGGUUACUGCAAUGAAUGGUAACACUAUCCAUCCAGCCAACACCACCACAACAGCAGGAGGAGGCCCAGGCGUGGCAGCGCCCCCGAGAGGCUGGAGGGAGUUCUGCGAGCGACACGCCAUCGCCACAGCCCGGCAGCUUGCCGGACACUACCGGAGCUUCGCCAGAGAGCGCCCUCAACAUGAAGUACUUCCACCAGAGACCUUUUCCAAGCAGUUCUCCGAUCUCUUCCAGCAGCACUUCUGCUGUGAGGUCAACAAAGAUGGCACUCCGCUCCGCCAGAGCACAUGCUCUACCGCUACCGGUAGCACUCCCUCCACCACUCCAGUGGCCUCUUCCCUUCCAUCACAGGCCGUGAUUGGUCGAUUGCGGAUCACAUCUUUGUCUGGGGUGCAGGAUUAUCGGGAGGCGAGCCGACCAAGCGGAGGAGCUGCUCUGUUUACUGUGGUGUCACCAAAAGUGGAGCCGGUGGUGGUGAGCCGGGAACAAGAGCAGCCGCUGCGAUGUGCUGCGGUAAACUCCUUAUCAGGAAACCCGGUGGUGCUCAGGGGCUCGACUCGUAGUAUCAGCAGUGGGUCACUGCUGAUUCGUAGCCGUAGCAGCGAGGACAUCUCUGGCACUGACCGUCGCCAGGUAUCUGAACGGUACUCAUCUGACUCCUCAACCUCCAACCCUGCACAUGCUGACAUCACACACUUCUCCUUCAGUCAAAUACAACAGAGCGUAAGACGGCUUCUCAAGAAACGGCCCGUCCCCAGCCCCCCCUCAUCCCAGGACCUGUCUCCUAGCAACCCCACUAACAUCAAUCCCCCAAACAAUGCCGACAGAGUGGGCGGAGUGUCCUCCGCAACUGAGCAAGUGUCAUCCUCUUCAUCUUCUUCCCUCUCCUCCUCUUGUCUGAACUCUGAAGCCACGCCCCCAGCCUCUUCACACCUGUCUAACCUCCUGGAUCGUUUCCGUUGGUUACGCAGUGGAAGCAUGAGGCAGAGGAGGUCAGAGGUGAGCGGCUGCUGUAAAGAGGGCCAACUGAGGUACUUGCAGGUGGAUGACACUAUCUCAGACUCUCAGCCCCGCUGGCAGCGCUGCCGCCUGCUGGUCAGGAGGAUCAGGGACGCUCAAGGUGGAGGAGGAGGAGGAGGAGGAGGAGGAGGAGGAAGAGGAGGAGGAGGGGAGAGAUACCAGUUGGAGCUGUAUGAUCCUCCAAAGGCUUCCAGCCCAAAGCUGACGACUCACUGCUCAGAUAUCCAAGAAGUCCGUCGUUGCACCCGGCUGGAGAUGCCCGACAACUUAAACACAUUUGUUUUAAAGGUUAAUCGAGGUAGUCUGAUAUUUGAGACGGACAACGACCAGCAGGUCAGCUCCUGGACCACAGAGCUAAAAGAAUGUAUCAGCAACAGGUCAGGCAGUGUGGAUCUGGAGCCCCUUCCCUCCCCAGCAGACAGCUCUGUUCCAGCCAAUCACAGAGGGAGUUCAGAGUCAGGAAGUCACAUCCCCCUCACAUUUGCCCAGCCAGAGCAGGUUGUCCAGAAGACCGAUCACUUCCUGUUCUCCUACCCCUGGUUCCACGGGCCCAUCUCCCGCGUCAAGGCAGCCUACCUGGUCCAGAGCUCUGGACCAGAAGGACACGGAGUGUUUCUGGUUCGACAGAGUGAGACACGCAGGGGAGACUACGUCCUCACGUUUAACUACCAAGGAAAAGCAAAGCACCUGCGCCUCUCUCUAACAGAAUGGGGUCAGUGCAGGGUGCAGCACCUGCGCUUCCCCUCCGUCAUGGACAUGCUCAGUCACUUCCGCCUCUUCCCCAUCCCUCUGGAGUGCGGAGCCGCCGGUGCCGUCACGCUGUCCAGCUUCGUAGUGGCGGGCUCCAGCCCUCCGUCACAAGGUCAGCUCUCCAGCGCUCUCCUGGUCCCCUUCUCUCUGCAUCGCUGGAACUCGGAGCCCAGCUUGGCUCACUGCAGCCUGGCUCGCAGCUCCAGUCAGCCCCACUCCUCCUCCUCCAACAGCAGCACCACCACCAGCUCCGUUUCUCAGCAGGGGAACCACCCGACUCCUCGCGGCAACCCCAUCCCUCCUCCAUCAGCCCCGGCUCCUUUGCGUCGGAGCGAGUCGGUGGGCAGGGGGCCCCUGCUUCGCCACCCUCACACCCACACUCCCAUCAUCCCUCAGCGGGACUCGGACUAUGAGCUGGAGCCUGACCGCAGCCGCAAGCGGGCGAUAGACAACCAGUACAUGAUGCUCUGACCCCGCUGAGUCACCAGCCUCCAUCACCUCCAACAGACAGCCGUCUCCUGUGAAGCCACCAACAUGCUCUCACACACACACACACACACACACACACACACACACACACACACACACACACAC